AGUACUCGGAGAGACGAGGUGAAGAUAUCCGGGCUCAUUACUAUGACCGACUGGAUGCUUUCUCGCUGUGAGCAGACAGCCCGUGGAACGUCUCGCUCGGUUCUAUGCUGGUUCCGAACCCUUCACCCGGAGAAGAUCUAUCCGAAGCCGUUUACUCUAGUAUCAGCAAAGUCUAGCCGACAUAAAUAUCUCCGAAUAUUCCAGCGUUUUAUCGCCUUUAUCUUCCGUGCUUAUCGCUUACCAGACUUCCAGCGUCACGACCUUCUCCCCGUCCGCUUUAGCUCAGAACAGCAGCAGAUACUUCGGGCUAUCUGGUCCCACGAAGCCUGGAGUGGGGAGCAGCUUUCGAGGAAAAGAUCGUUUGCUACCUAUAAGCAAGCCGCUAUGCUUGAUUUUGAACGGCAGAAUGCUAGGACUAUUCAAGAUAUUGACGAGGACGAAGAUAAGAGCGACUGUAUUGACGAGGACUUGAGCGACUCGGAUUUCAGCGACGGAGAGAGCGAAACAGGGGAUAGUGUCGAAGACGCGAGUAUCCCUCGGCAUCAGGCCAGCUUCUUUGGACCAGCACUAGGGCAACUUCUCGAAUUGCUCUUCAAGCUAGCUAUCACAUUCUGCACCGAGGACUUUAUCGACGGCCAUCCCAACUCAACGCAUCUCGUCUACUUCAGUAGUAUUCUCGGCAUCAAAUCCGAUGGCCAAGGGUUUCGAACGGCAAGGCUGUAUACUCCGACCCUCUCAGCCAUAAUCUAUGUGCAGCGGCUGCUC